CCCUUCCUUCUCCCCCUGCAACAGCCCUCAACAUCAACGUUUGAAAAGACAGAAUUAACCCCUUUUCGUUAAAGCAAAGAUUUCUUCACCAGAGCCAGCCGUUUUUUACUAAUGCAGUGCCGAAAGCGACCAUUAAAUUAAGUGAAAGUGAUAUAAAUAUUCAACUAGUAGUUAUACUGAAACAUGAAUCGAGUAACCUGUCCGUUUGAUCCAGCCCACGUCGUUGAAGCCAGAAAACUCCAAGCUCAUCUUAUCAAAUGCAAGCGAAAUCUUCCUACCAACCACGAUUUUGUUCAGUGUGAUUUCUGGCAUUUGCAUUAUGUACGAAAAAGUCAGCUUGAUUCGCAUGUCGCCAACUGCGAACAUAGACUUGAAAAGGAGGCCUUUAAAAUAACAUGGGAAUCCGAAGCCUCGAAAUUUUCCCAGCCAAAAUUGUUACCGGUUGAAGUCUGUGAGCCCAGUGAAAUAGAAGAUCAGGAAUCCUGGGAAAGCACGUCAGGGCCUGCU